AUGGAUUACAUUAAGAAGACGAUAUGGGGGCCAGACCCUAAGGAACAACAAAGAAGGAUAAAAGCUGUUUUAAGGAAGAAUAAUAGGGCUUUGGAAAAGUCCCUACGAGAUUUGACGAACCUGCAAAAUAAGACGCAACAGCUCAUUAAACGUGCGGCGAAGAAGAAUGAUAUAAAAACAGUAAGAAUAUAUGCUAGGGAGUUAUAUCAGAUUAAUAAGCAAUACACUAGGAUGUAUUCGUCCAAGGUUCAAUUGACUUCCGUGUCAAGACAGAUUGACGAGGCUCUACGAUUGAAAACGAUGUCAGAUAAAAUGGCAGAAAGUACUGGCUUGAUGAGAGAGGUGAAUUCCUUAGUUCGUUUACCUGAAUUGCAAGGAACCAUGAUUGAACUAGAAAAAGAGCUGAUGAAAUCGGGAAUUAUUAGCGAAAUGGUGGAUGAAACAAUGGAUUCUGUAAUGGAAAGUGAAGAGUUAGAUGAAGAAGUGGAUGCUGAAGUCAAUAAAAUCGUCGAACAAUACACUAAUGAGAAGUUCGAAAAGAUCAACAACGUACCAACGACAGAAUUACCAGCACACGAGGAGGAGGAAAAGGAGAUUCCGGAAGACCAAGUAGACGAGGAAGCAGACAAGAUGCUCAGAGAGAUGAAGGAGCGUCUAAAUGCCCUCCAAAAUUAG